AUGGCGAAUCGGACACUUACAGACCUUCCUCCGCUUCCGCCCUACACCUUAGCCCCUCGUCCACCCUUGAUCUCCGGUGUAUCUGAUGCCGUCCUACAACUACUGGCUCCCGUCGUGGCCUACUGGGUAGUCUCCCUUUUCUUCCACGCUCUUGAUACAUACGAUCUGUGCUCGCAGUACAGGCUGCACACUCCUGCAGAAGUGCUCAAACGCAACCAUGUCACUAGACACGAGGUGGUCAGAGAUGUGAUUAUACAACAAGUGAUCCAGACUGCAUUUGGAUUGCUGUUGGCUUCCUUCGAUCCCAUGGAAACUUGUGGCAAAGAAGAAUACGACAUUGCAGUCUGGGCGCAACGUCUGCGACUGGCAGAAAGGUAUAUUCCGAAAUUGUUUGCGGUCGUUGGCAUCGACGCCAUAUCAUUUGCGCAAAAGGCGUUCAAGAAUUACCCUCAGUUGGCUGGUGCCGUGUCUGGAGGUGUUUAUUCAACGCGAUCGUUUGCGGCCUGGGAGAUUUCAGCGGCGACGCUGAUCUACUGGGUUGCCAUCCCGUUUGCGCAGUUCUUGGUGGCAAUCCUCAUCGUCGACACGUGGCAAUAUUUCCUCCACCGAGCCAUGCACAUGAACAAAUUCUUGUACACUACCCUCCACUCGCGGCAUCACCGCUUGUACGUCCCCUAUGCAUUCGGGGCUCUCUACAACCACCCCUUGGAAGGCUUGCUGCUUGACACAUUGGGCACCGGACUAGCGUACAUUGCUACCAGGAUGACCUUACGGCAAGGCCUUUGGUUCUUCACCUGCUCGACGAUCAAGACUGUCGACGACCACUGCGGAUACGCUUUCCCAUGGGAUCCACUCCAACAUCUCACAUCCAAUAAUGCCGCCUAUCAUGAUGUGCACCAUCAGAGCUGGGGCAUCAAGACUAAUUUCUCCCAGCCUUUCUUCACCUUCUGGGAUCGUCUCCUCGGGACAGCUUGGAGUGGUGGCGAUGUUUCCGCCCGCUACAUGCGGGACAGGAUUGCCGCACAGAAGAAAGUUGAUGCCGACACUGCCGCAGACGCGUCGAUUGUUAAUUCUCCCACGAUCGACCUAGAUAAGGCGAAGCAGCAAGCUAGCUCGAGUCAAAGGCAGGUCCUUGAUGACAAGGCGAAUGGCGGCAUUCAAAUUCUUCAAGAAGAAGCAAAAGCAGAACAAGAGAUGAGGCAAACCCUGAGGCGCAGCACGAGGCGCAAGAGUGGGUUUGAUGCCAUGUUGAUUUCCGAUCGCGUUUCAGGACGUUUGCACAACAGAAGUCCUACGAUUUUACAUGCAGACGGAGUACACUGA